AUGUUUGAAGAAAAGAUCGUUGACUUGAAACCCUCGCCUGGGUCAAUCCCGUUGGUCGGUGCCUCGAUUGUGGUGGACCAAUCAGAUUUCCCUGGUGUUAUCCGCGCCGCAGGGGACUUGGUCGAGGACUUUGCUCGUGUGACGAAGGGAGAUGCAAGUCCGUUAAUUAUGAUAUCGUCUGAUUCGGAUUAUGAUAAGAUACAGACGAAAACGGUUAUCAUUGUUGGCAGUGUUGCUUUGAGUGGGAUCAUCAAGACGCUUGCGCAACAGGGUAAACUUGAUGCCCAGGCAAUUGAGGGAAAAUGGGAGACGUUCAGCACGAGUAUUGUCGAUCAGCCUCUUGGAAAGUGUGAGAGGGCUUUGGUGGUAGCUGGAAGUGAUAAGCGAGGUGCCAUCUUUGGCAUCUACACGCUCUCUGAACAAAUUGGUGUUUCACCAUGGUACUGGUGGGCUGAUGUGCCACCAAAACACCAUGAAGACAUAUACGCCAUUGAGAAGCAAACCAUUCACGGCGAGCCAUCUGUACGACAUCGAGGUAUCUUUCUCAACGAUGAAGCACCUGCUUUAACAGGCUGGGUGAGGGAGAAGUUCGGAGGAUACAACUCCAAGUUCUACGUCAAAGUUUUUGAACUCCUACUCAGACUCAAGGCCAACUUUCUCUGGCCAGCGAUGUGGCCCGGUUAUCCCAACCCAGGCGCAUCAUUCUUCACAGACGAUCCCCUCAAUCAAAAGCUCGCAGAUGAAUACGGCAUCGUCAUAUCUACAUCCCAUCACGAACCAAUGCAACGACUCUCAAACGAGUGGUUCGCUGAGAAUCCAGACGGAAGCUGGAAUUGGUUGACCAACAAGCAGAAAAUAACCGAGUUCUUUGAACACGGCGCUAGUAGAGCUAAGGGCUGUGAUUCAUACUUUACUCUGGGUAUCAGAGGAGAGUAUGAUAAGAAGAUGUUGGCUGAGGAUCCAGCUGCUGUGGUGCAGGAUGCUAUUGAGACGCAGAGGCAGGUUAUUAAGAAGGUUUAUGGGAGUGAAGAUGGUGUACCUCAGCUGUUCGCCAUCUAUAAAGAGGUUCAGUCGAUGUUUGAGACAGGCCGGCUGAAUGUCCCAGAUGACGUCACGCUUCUGUUCCAGGAUGACAACUUUGGCACUAUUCGACGACUUCCAACAAAGGAAGAGGCCAAGAGACAAGGCGGAGCUGGUGUAUACUAUCAUCUUCAAUACGUCGGAGAUCCUCGAAGUUAUAAGUGGAUCAACACCAACUCUCUUGGGAAAGUCUGGCACCAAUUGCAACAAGCGUACCAUCACAACGCUCGUCAAAUCUGGGUCUUCAACGUCGGCGACCUAAAACCUCAAGAAAUUCCAAUCUCCUUCGCCAUGGCGCUAGCUUGGGACAUCAACAGCAUCAAACGCGAUACUCUCCCCCAUUUCUUCCGUCAAGCUGCAAAACGAGAGUUUGGCGCUGAGCUCGCGGAUGAAGUUGGGUCAAUCUGGCAUCGACAUGAUCGACUACUAUCUUUAAGAAAGCAUGAGCAUAUCGAACCUGAGACUUUCUCCGUUUUGCAUUACAGAGAAGCCGAUACCGUGUAUCGUCGAUGGAGAGAGCUUCUUGACGAUGCUGAAAAGGCACAUGCCCGUGUUUCAGAAGCAGAAAAAGCAGCGUCGUUCCAGCUUAUUCUUCACCCUACCAAAGCAUCGUACAUUUACAACAAGGUACGCUGGAGUCAAGCGCUAAACAAGCUGUACGCUCGUCAAAGACGAAACUCAGCAAACACAUACGCCCAAAUCGCUCUCGACGCCUUUGACCAGGAUUUCACUCUUUCAGAAAAAUAUCACGGCCUUUUAGAUGGGAAAUGGAACCAUAUUCUCAUGCAGCCCCACUACGGCUAUGAAGAUACAUGGCAUGCUCCUUCACGCGACAUGAUCGGUGGAUUAUGUUUCGUUCAGAAACGUCAGAAUUCUAAUCCUAUUGUUGGACAGAUGGGUAUUGCUGUUGAGGGGCAUGAGGGUGUAAGGCCUGGUCGGAUUAAUGAAGAGUCUGAGAGAACGCAUCCAAGCAGACGGGAUCUUGUUCCUGGGCUGACUUUGCGGCCUCUGAGUCGGUAUGGACCUGAGGUGAGAUACUUUGAUAUCUUCACUCGUGGAGCGCCGAAGAUUCAUUGGACUGCUUCAGCGCCGAAGAGUUGGAUUAGGCUGUCGAAGAUCUCGGGGGUCUUGGUACCAGGUGAAGAAGAUGCCAGGGUUGAGAUCUCGGUUGAUUGGACUCAAGUAUCUGAUGACUUCAACGAAGAGGUACUCAUCGAUGUUCGGUCGGAAGAAGAUGACUUUGAGCAGGUCCAUCUACCGAUCAAUGGCAGACGUGUCCCAAACUCUUUCAAGGGUUUCGUUGAGCAGGACAGUUUUGUGUCUAUCCCUGCUACCGAUUGUCACCUCGAGACUCCGUACAUAAUUCUGCCUGACGCUGGUAGACUAGAAACUGGCUCUUUGACCCUCGUCCCAGGCACCGAUAGCACCGAUUCGAUUCCCUACAUUCAGUACCCAUUUUACCUCUUCAGCGAGACUUCCAACGCUACGUUGGUACUGUACUUCGGCACGACUCUGGAUCUCUCCUCAGAAGAUAUUCUGACGUAUGACGUCCGAAUCGACGAGGAACAAGGCCAGAGCUAUUCCCUGCAGAAGAGAACUCCAGAGAGUGAGAAGAAUGCUGCUGACAAGGGAUGGGCGUCGGCCGAUGGCUGGUUCUUUGCUGCAUCGGAUAACGUUUGGGUUCGGAAGCAUGAGGUCACCUUAGGAGCAGGUGCGCAUACGCUACAUGUCAGGUUGGGACAUGCGAAUAUGUUGCUUGAGAAGAUCGUGGUUGACUGUGGAGGUGUAGCAAAGAGCUACUUAGGCCCUCCCUUUGGCAUCAAGGCUUGA